GACAUGUCAUCUAGUUUGACAAUCACAACCACUAACGAUAAUAUCUACGAUUUUAUAUAUUAAUUACAUAUUCAAGGAACACAAUUGUAUUUAACAGUUCCUCUGUGUCCUAUUACAUUUAAAAAUUAUUCUAAAUAUUAAAUUAUAAUAUUAUUAAUUAGUUUAUAAAAUAAUCACAAUGAAUUCAGCAACUCCAGGUGUGCCUCAGGUGCCGUUGCUCGACGAUGACACCAUUGCCUUUGGGGAAGAGGAUAAUGCGAAUAAGCAAUUUGUCCAUCCCUACAUAGUUUUCUUCCACUUGGUGUUCCGAAGUGCUGCAGUGGUUGUAUACAUACUCUGUGGCUGGUUCUCAGACUCUUUCAUCGCCAGCUUUGUUCUAGUCAUAUUACUUCUCUCUGCUGAUUUUUGGACCGUCAAGAACAUCAGUGGUAGACUACUGGUGGGUCUGAGAUGGUGGAACUAUGUGGACGAUGAUGGGAAGUCCCAUUGGGUGUUUGAAUCGAGACAGAGUCGUAUAAACCGUAACGAGAGCCGUCUGUUCUGGAUGGGCCUCAUCCUGUGCCCUCUCAUCUGGGCGGGAUUCUUCAUCAUCUGUCUCUUUGGACUUAAGUUUAAGUGGAUGCUCCUAGUGCUGAUAGCUCUGACCCUGACGGGGGCCAACUUGUACGGUUAUAUUAAAUGUAAGUUCGGCGCCAAGGAGAACUUACAGUCGGCGACCACGGACUUCGUGAAGAAGCAGCUGUUCCAGAACGCCUCGGCGUUCAUGUUCCCUCAGCCGGCGCCGCCCACUACCGGGAACACGGGCGUCGUGUAGACGACGGAUCACGUGCUCCCCGCCCCCGACCGGGAACACGGCCGUUAUACAAGGACGCCUAUCCUGUGUUGAUAUAUGUACAUUAAAAUAAAUUAUUAAUUAUAUGAGCACA